AUGCCCGCUCCACAGACCCUCCACCGAGCAACAAUGUUCUCCAAUAACAAUAACCAAACCCACCGUAUCCGCUUAGUUCCCCACCUCGACUCUCGCCGCACACUCCGCUUCGAACCCAUAACCCGCGACCUCAAGGACAAUGACAUCCCCCUCCACAUCGGCCACUUCACAGAUCGCUCAGGAAUAGGUCUCGCAGCACUGUCCCCUCUGUCGCACAUUCGCAGAUCUCAAGACGUCGAAGUUGAGAUCGAACCUGAACUUGAGCUCGAAGCCGAGGCUGUUUCGUCACCUGAAGAAGAUGACGAUGACGAGCUCGAUAGAGGUGGUGGGGAGAAGGAUAAGCUGGUGCCUCACAUGAGGGCGAUGCGAGGGGUCCGCACGCUAGGAUACGGACUGCGUGACAUGUCAUCCAUGCUCAAUCCCAAUCCCAAACACAAUCAAAUCCACAAUGUCAAUCACACCCGUACCCAACCGCCCAAACUCAUCCACCCCGUGAUGAUGCAGAUCUCGCCGAAGAGUUGA